AUGAAUUUUUCAAUAUUUUUAUUUGUCAUAGGGAUAUUAGGAUUUGUAUUAAAUAGAAAAAACAUUAUAUUAAUGUUAAUUUCUAUAGAAAUAAUGUUAUUAUCUGCAACAUUUUUAAUAUUAAUCAGUUCACUUAGUUUUGAUGAUAUAUUAGGACAAACUUUUGCUGUAUAUAUUUUAACAAUAGCAGGAGCUGAAUCUGCAAUAGGUUUAGGGAUAUUAGUAGCAUAUUAUAGAUUAAGAGUAUCAGGUUUCUUUGGUAGAAAAGUAGGUAUAACAGGAUCACAUAUAAUAACAUGUGGUUCAGUAAUAACUACAACACUUUUAGCUAUUAUAGCUUUUUUUGAAGUAGGUUUUAAUAAUAUACCAGUAACAAUAAAUGUAGCAAGAUGA